CGGAGCCGCAGAACCAGUUUUAGCCCAGUUAGUUCUGCCUCGAGCACGGUGACAAACAGUUGCGCGUUCUUCCUCAUCCACGAGCUCACGACUUGUUCUGCUGACACCAGCCCAUCUGCAGCCAUGACGAAGGACCCCAACAAGCCCAGAGGGAAGACCUCCUCCUAUGCCUUCUUCGUGGCCACCUGCCGUGAGGAGCACAAGAAGAAACACCCAGGAACCAGCGUGAACUUCKCUGAGUUCUCCAAGAAGUGCUCAGAGAGAUGGAAGACCAUGUCUGCCAAGGAGAAGGUGAAGUUUGAUGAGAUGGCCAAGAACGAUAAGGUCCGCUAUGACCGGGAGAUGAAGUCCUACAUUCCUCCUAAAGGUGCCAAGAAGAGCAAGAAGAAGAAGGACCCCAACGCCCCCAAAAGACCMCCCUCUGCUUUCUUUGUCUUCUGCUCGGACCACCGUCCUCGCAUCAAGGAGGAGAACCCUGGCAUCUCCAUCGGAGACGUGGCCAAGAAGCUGGGUGAGCUGUGGUCCACGCAGACCUCCAAGGACAAGGCUCCGUAUGAGGCCAAGGCCGCCAAGCUGAAGGAGAAGUACGAGAAG